AUGCUUAGACAAGUUAUUGGUCGUCACCUUGUGAGACAGAGCACUGUCAAACCAUUUGCACAAGGAUUGGUUUGGGCCAGGGCUCAGUCCCAGGCGGCACCUGUCCAGGGCCAAACACAAACCCAACCUCCAACUAUCCAAGCAGGAGAUGCUGCUGCAAAGAAACCAGAAGAAUUUAAAGGACAGAAGAAGACGGUGGGAAAGCCAAGGGACUCAAAAGCCAGAGCCAGACGUAACUACAACCAAAAAGUCUCGGAAAUCACACAGCAGAUAAGAAGGGCCGCAGACUCAGCUUCUGCUGACUUGACUGAACCGAUCCAGAUCUUGGAAGAAGGCUUGUCAUAUCUUAGAGAAAUUCAAAAGGCUGAAGGUAUCAGUGAAGAAGAGCUAUACAGGUCUUUCCAGGUGGUGAUAUUGACAAUUUUCCGUAAGGCACAAGCUGACGGAGCCAACUUAGGUGGUAAGAGUGUUGAAGACAUAUUUGACAUGUUAGUCCAGUACCAGGUGGCCCAUGGGUACCAUUUUGCUACCAUGAUGGCCAGAAAGUUGCAGUCUGACUCUGCAGACUAUGACGGUGUAUUGACCCUUUGGGUCAGGUACUUGGAGUACUCCAAGUUGCAACCAAACCAGUUCCAAUUCUUCAAGUGCUAUCACAGUAAGUUGAACGGCAUUCCUGGUGUGUCGUACUACCAGAACGAUCUCCCUAACGUGGUGUUCUUCGCCUACAUGCAACUGUUGAUCCAGCAGGAGAUCAAGUUUGACGCCGAGAUUGCUUCUAAGGUUUUGCAACAAGAAGAAUUGCCAAGUCUAUUCCAAGUUGGUUCCACAGUCGUUAGAUUGGGUAUAUUGUCUAGUCAAGAGGAGUUUGGUAAAAGCUUUGGAGAUGCCAUUGACCAGUUCAACGUUGAAAGUACUGAUCCUAAUGGACCAAUUGUUCUCAAGAGAAUCAACCAGUACGUCGAGAGAAGAUACACCAUGGGUGUGAAGAAGACCUAUGAUCAAAUUAUAGAGGCAGCACUGAGAAAGGGUGGAAUAAAAAUCCAGGAGAUUACUUUAAUCAGAUUCAUGGCUGCAUAUAUCCAACUUGGAGAAUAUGAUUUGUGUUUGGAUGUCUUUCUGAAUAUGGUAUCUCACGGGGUGCAACAGCCAAGUGCUCAUUCGUGGGAAAUGAUGUUGUUUGCGCUUUGUAACCCACAGAGGGUUAAACUGAUGGAGAAGAACGGAAGAAAGUUGGACAUGUUGGCACGUAAAUUAGAGCAAUGUAUUGCUACCAUGGAGGCAAAUAAGUUGCAAUUUAAUGCAAAGAUGUUGUCUGUAGUGAUUGGGUGCUAUGCCAACUUGAACUUAAUGGACAAAGUCGAUCAGUUAAUGCAAGGAGAGAGAUUAUUGGGUGGAAAGAAAUUACCCAUUAUUCAGAAGGGUAAGAACAACUACAUUUUAGGACUCAUAGCCAAUGGAUCGGUAGCAAACGCAGAGAACAAACUCCAACAAUUCCAAGCUGAAGAUGUGAGUUACAUUCCACUGAUAAACGUGCUCAACUCCUUCCUCAAAAAAUAUGUCGAUGGAAAGAAUUUCGAAUCAGCAGAGAAGGUUUUGAAAUAUGCUAAAGACAACCACGUUGAGUACGAUUUAGCUACAUACACCAUUCUCAUUGAUAUGCACUUCAAAAUCAAUAGAGAGAUGGGACAAUCGGCCAAGAUUGAGACUAUUUUCCAGCUUUUAAGCGAGGCAACAACAAACAAAGAUGGAACUCCUUCUUCAAUCAAAUUAAACGAGAUUACUCUUGGGUCAAUUAUUGACGGGUUAUGUAAAGAUGGCUCAAACAUAGACGCAGCUAGAACCUUGUAUAAGUAUGUUUCCAAAAAUAUGAAACCUACCAGGGAAUCUACAACUGCUAUGCUUUCCACUGAGCUUGAAUUCGGAUCGUUGGAUGAAGCUAAGAAAUUGUUCCAGAUGUAUACCCUGAACAUCACCAAUAGCUCGAGAAUCUGGAAUAUGAUGAUCAAAGGGUUAUUGAAGAGAGAUGAAGAGAUGGCAUUGGAAUUUUUCCACGAUUUCAAGAAGAAAUCCAAUGCUCAAUGUAAGCCAAAUUUCUUUACUUACUACUUCCUUUUGGAAUACUUUUUAAGAAAGGAUAGAAGAGAGAUCGUCCAAGCCUUGGUUGAUGAUAUUAAUGGAGGUGCAUUGACUGAUUUAGGUGACACUCUCCCUAAAGUAUUGAACAGUAUUAAAGGACAAUACGAAGUUAGACAUGAUUUAGUUAAUUGA